GAACGACUGAUAAACCGUGAAGAAGAAGAAGUCUUUGUUUACACCAGUGCUGGAUCAUCUGACAGUUUAUCUAUAAGCUAAUUUGGGACAAUCAGAGACAUGGAAAAUACAUUUUGGCAUCUGUCUCUGAAGCUUCACGACAGGCCGAAGUCGGUGUUGCCUUUCCCAGAGGAUGUUGAACCUGGAAGAUACAUGGUGGCCACCAUAAAGCAGCUGGUGUCUGCGCAGUUACCAGACUCACUGCCGGAUCCAGAGCUCAUAGAGCUGGUGCACUGCGGGUGUAAACUAAAAGACGACUUGACGUUAGAUGCCUAUGGGAUUAAAUCGGGAUCCACAUUGCACAUCUUAAAGAAAGUGUGGCCUGAACCCGAGGUCAAACCUGAGCCAGUGAACAGAAGUGCUGCGGCGAGAGAGUUCAGACUGCUUCAGGCCACCAUGCACUCCAAUAUUGCGUACAGAGAUGCAGUGUUUAAGAUGCUGAGCAAUAAGGAGUCUCUGGAUCAGAUCAUAGUGGCUUCCCCUGGGCUCAGCUCAGACCCUGUAGCAUUAGGUGUACUACAAGAUAAGGAUCUGUUUGUGCAGUUCACAGACCCCAAUCUGCUUGAUGUGUUGGUCCGUUCUCAUCCAGCGCUGGUUAAUGCCAUCAUUCUGAUCCUCCACUCUGUGACGAGCAGCAUGCCUGGCCAAUCAAACGCAAGCUCCUCCCACAACACCCCUGCUAGUUCCUACAGUGAAAUGCCAGGAGGAUUUCUGUUUGAGGGCAUGUCUGACGAUGAAGAUGAUUUCCAAUCCGGAAGUCGUGCAGGCUCGUCCCAGCGCCCGAGACCUCCAACCAACCUGAGCGGCGGAGGAGCUACAGGGCCUCGACCUAUCACUCAGAGUGAGCUAGCUACUGCGCUAGCUCUGGCUAAUACACCGGAAAGCAGUGCGGCCACGCCCAUUCUGGGCAGCCAACAGGACGUGUCCACUGGCAGCUCUUCAGCAGCAGCAGGGACUCCUGUCACUAGCAGUGUGUUGAGUCGGGCGCUGCAGCAGGCUCUGGAGGCUUCCGGCGUGACCCCUCUGCAGGGGCGUUGGCAGACGCAGAUGCAGCAGCUGAGAGACAUGGGUAUCAGAGAUGAAGAUUUGGCGUUACGAGCCCUCCAGGCUACAGACGGAGACCUGCAAGCAGCACUCGAGCUCAUUUUUGCUGGAGGAGGAGGACUCUGAAGACUAGAGGUCUAAGGAUGGAGGAAACUUUUAAAUAAAAAAAACUUUACAUAUCA